AUGUGCUUCACAAGAUUCCUUCUGUCCAGGGUAGUAUAGUUCUAUUUCUUUGAAGUUGUAGAUUAUUUCGUUUGCCACCAUGAAACUCUCAUUGUUUUCAGAUGUUCUCCUUGUGAUUACAAUGUGCCUAUGUAUGAUCAUGGUGUCGUGUAAUCCAAGUUAUUUGAGGGGUCUGAAAAGCAGUCUACAUCUAGCAGAUUUUCCGAGCAACUUCCUUUAUGGAACUGCAUCAUCUUCGUACCAGUUUGAAGGAGCUUUCUUAAGUGAUGGGAAAGGCCUCAGUAACUGGGACAUUUUUUCCCAUGAAGCAGGUAACAUCUUGGAUGGAAGUAAUGGAGACAUUGCUGUUGAUCAUUACCAUCGUUACUUGGAGGAUCUUGAUCUGAUGGAAGAUCUCGGUGUGAAUAGCUAUCGCUUCUCUAUAUCAUGGGCUAGAGUACUUCCCAAAGGGAGAUUUGGAAAUGUGAAUAUGGCUGGAAUUAAGCACUACAACAAGCUUAUUGAUGCACUCCAAGAUAAAGGAAUUUCUCCCUUUGCAUCAUUGACUCAUUAUGACAUCCCUCAAGAGCUUGAAGAGAGAUAUGGAGCUUGGCUAAGUCCCAAAGUACAAGAAGAUUUCAGAUAUUAUGCAGAUAUCUGUUUCAAAUACUUUGGGGACAGAGUGAAGUACUGGGUUACCUUCAAUGAGCCCAAUGUUGUAGCCAUUCGUGGAUAUAGGUCCGGGAUUUACCCUCCAUCUAGGUGUUCUGCUUCAUUUGGAAAUUGUAGCACUGGAAAUUCAGAGGAGGAGCCUUUUAUAGCUGCCCAUAAUAUGAUACUGUCCCAUGCAGCUGCUGUCAGGACUUAUCGAACUAAAUAUAAGGAAAAACAAGGGGGAAGUAUCGGGAUUGUGAUGAAUGCUAUAUGGUUUGAGCCCUUCACUAACUCCUCAGAGGAUAAGUUAGCAGCUGAGAGAGCUCAAUCUUUCUUCCUGAAUUGGUUCUUGGAUCCAAUUAUAUGUGGAAGAUAUCCUGCAGAGAUGCAACAAAUACUCGGAUCACAGUUGCCAAACUUUCAAAGGCAGGAAGUCAGUGAGAUAAAACUUGGAUUAGACUUUAUCGGCAUAAACCACUAUACUAGUUUCUAUGCUAAAGAUUGCAUAUACUCAACAUGUGAACAAGGGCCAGGAGUGUCAAGGUCAGAGGGUUACUACUUAAGGACAGCAUUUAAGGAUGGUGUUCCCAUUGGUGAAACUACUGCAGUGGACUGGUUAUAUGUACAUCCUCAGGGAAUGUACAAAAUUGUGAUGUAUAUUAAAGAUAGAUACAAUAACACACCAAUGUUCAUCACUGAAAAUGGUUAUGGAGAGCUGAACAAACUGAAUUCAUCUGUCAAAGAUUUCAUUAAAGAUUACAGAAGGGUGGAGUACAUGAAUAGCUACUUGGCUUCAUUGGCUCUAGCAAUACGGAAUGGAGCCAAUGUGAGAGGGUACUUUGCCUGGUCUUUGCUUGACAAUUUUGAGUGGACAUCUGGAUAUACAAUAAGAUUUGGACUUCACCAUGUUGACUUUGCAACCCUUGAAAGAACUCCUAAGCUAUCUGCAGAUUGGUUCAAACAGUUGAUUUCAUACCACAGGAGUCUUUCAAGUAAUGCCUGAGAGGCAAUGCAAUGAGAUCGACUGUAAGCUUAUGGCAUUAUGAUGCAACCCUUCUCCCCUGUUUUUGCAAUUUGCGCCCCGGCUCCCUUC